AUGGCCCCCUCCGCGAUAGAUGAGUCCGCUGACGCGACUCUCGAUACCACUGUCCUCGCUCUUCGCAAGGUCUUAACCUCCGAGACCGAGCCUUUGGCGCGUCGUUUCCGCGCUCUCUUUUCCCUCAAACACUUGGCAUGCCAAAAACCAAGUACUCCUAAGGUCGAGCAGGCUAUUGCCGCCAUUGCUGCUGGCUUUAGCUCCUCAUCUGCUCUGCUCAAACACGAGCUUGCCUACUGCCUUGGUCAGUCGCGGAACGAUGUAGCCGUUCCUUACCUGCGCCAUGCGUUGGAGGACAAGCAAGAAGAUGCCAUGUGCAGGCACGAGGCUGCUGAGGCUUUGGGUGCACUCGGAGAUCAAGCGUCGCUCACCUUGCUGAAGGAGUUGAGAGAUUCGCAGGACGAGCUGGAAGUCGUCAGAGAGACUUGCGACAUUGCCGUUGCACGAAUUGAAUGGGAGCACUCCAAGGAGCGGGAGAUGGAGAAGCUGAAGCAGAGUGAUUUUGCAUCCAUUGACCCGGCUCCUCCGAUGUCGCAAGAGGCUCAACACCCUUCAAUCUCCGAUCUCGAAGCCACACUGCUCGAUACCAAGCUUCCACUUUUCAAGCGUUACCGCGCCAUGUUUGCGCUCCGUGACCUUGCUUCUCCUCCUGAUCUUCCGACUGCGGUUCCCGCCGUUCAUGCUCUUGCUCGAGGAAUGAGUGACCCCUCUGCUCUGUUCCGGCACGAAAUCGCCUUCGUUUUUGGCCAGUUGACGCACCCGGCCUCGAUACCUAGUCUGGUGGAAACCCUGAGCAACACCAAAGAGGCCAGUAUGGUCCGCCACGAAGCUGCUGAAGCGCUGGGUAGCUUGGGUGACGAAGAGGGUGUUGAGGAGAUUCUGAAGAAGUUCUUGAAUGACCCCGAACAGGUCGUGAAAGAUAGUGUUGUCGUUGCUUUGGACAUGGCCGAGUUCGAGAAGAGCGGCCAGAUCGAAUAUGCGAUUGUGCCUGGCUCCGAUGAAAAGGUCUUGCUUGCAUAG